AUGCAAUUUUGCUCUACAUGGAUAAUUGGUUUUGAACUUUUAAGUAAAGAAAGCAAUAAUAUUGAUGAGAGUGAUAUUGAUGGGAGAUUUGGCGAAUUAAUUGAAGAAUUAAAAUUAACGGAUCAGUAUAAAAUCGGGAUAAACGAAUUGAAGUUUACAUCGCUGAGCCUUUCCAAGAAAAAUUAA